GCUCUUCAGCUCAAGGAUAUGAAGAUGAAUAAUGUCACUGAGUUCAUCCUUCUGGGUUUGACUCCAAAUAUGAAACUUCAGAAACUCUCUUUUUGUGUGUUUUUAAUGGUCUACGUGGCCACCCUGGCAGGCAACCUGCUCAUCAUGGUUACCAUCAGCACUAGCAGGGCCCUGGCCUCCCCCAUGUACUUCUUCCUUUUUUACUUGUCCCUUUUAGAUGGUUGCUGUUCAUCAUCUAUGACUCCCAAAAUGCUAGCAGACUCUCUUUCUGUGAGAAAAACGAUUUCUUUUGGUAGCUGCAUGACGCAAGUCUUUGCCGAGCAUCUUUUUGGUGCUGCCGAGAUCAUCCUUCUCACAGUCAUGGCCUACGAUCGCUAUGUAGCCAUUUGUAAACCCCUACACUAUACAAGCAUCAUGAGCCGACAGGUGUGUAGCCUCCUUGUGGGAGUGGCGUGGGCUGGGGGUUUUAUCCAUGCAACCAUUCAGAUCCUCUUCACAGUCUGGCUGCCCUUCUGUGGACCCAAUGUCAUAGACCACUUCAUGUGUGACUUGAACCCUUUGUUGGAACUUGUGUGCAUGGACACACAUACUCUUGGACUCUUUGUUGCUGCGAACAGUGGAUUCAUCUGCCUGCUGAACUUUCUUCUCUUGAUGAUCUCUUAUAUGGUCAUCUUAGGCACUCUGAGAUCUCACAGUUCUGAGGGCAGGCGCAAAGCUCUCUCCACCUGUGUGUCUCACAUCACUGUGGUCGUCUUAUUCUUUGUACCCUGCAUAUUUGUGUAUCUGCGCCCAGUUACCACGUUCUCUAUUGAUAAAGCUGUGGCUGUGUUUUAUACUAUGAUAACACCUAUGCUAAAUCCUCUAAUCUACACCCUCAGAAACACAGAGGUGAAAAAUGCAAUGAAGCAACUCUGGGUGAAAAGUUGA